UCAGGUCAGUAAGCUACUUUGCGUUGCAGAUACACGUGUAAAAACGUUUAUUCAUGCUUUCCUCUUUACUUUUAGCAAUUUAUUGAUUCAGAAAACGUGUGGGAAACAAAAAAAAAAGAAUCCAAACCCAAUCAUCGACUUGUGCUUUUGCUGUCUCUGCAAGUGUCAGAAGGUUAGAAGUUAGCGCUGAAGAUAAGCAUUUAUCUAAUAUGUAAACAUCAAAAGUCUCUGUGAAACCUGUUUGUGGCCUGAAAAAACAUUGGUUUCCAAACACUGAGGGGAAAUGUUAUUGUUUUUAUUAAAUGAUAUGGCGUCUAAAAGUAGGACAAAUAUGAGAAUAAUGAAGUUUUAUCAAAAAUCAAACCUGCUUUCUGUGUAAAACCUGUAUAAAUGUGUGUGUAAGGGGAGCUGAAGGCCAGGGGUUAUUAUGUGGGCACUUACCAGCGUGGUAGUAAACCAGACUUUAUGUGAUGUGAACGUUAAAUUGAGUGGCGGCAGUUAAAAAGAUAAUUACUCCACUGCCUGGUUUGGAAAGCAGAGUUCAAGCAGGCGAGAGGCAACCAGAGACAGAUGACAGGAGAGGAGGAGGAGGAGGAGCGGAAAGGGUUAAAACCUCAGCCAAUAAAGGCCAACCCAUCUCAGCCCGACGGUCCAGAGAGCCGGAAAACCUGAAGCUUUCAUCCUCUGCGCUUGUCUGAUGGCUCUGCGUCCCGCUGAAAUGUCUAAACAUUAAAGGAAAAUAAUAUUUUUAUGUUUUAAAAAACUUGUUCCUGCAUGUCAAGAAAAAAAAAAACUUUUUGUUUUGGACUUAUUAACAAAAUGUGAGCUCUGAUGGGACACAAGAGAACAACAGACCUGCAGAAGUUGAAGUGGGCAGUGAACCUGAGGAGAGGCGCGUCGUCAGAGGGGAAAGUUGUGCGUUUCUCUUUCUGAGGCCGUUUUAAAAUAAAUCAUGUCUCUGCAGGGAGUUUAUGCUGCGGCUCUUUUUCACUGCAUGAUGACGGCUGCUGCUCUGAUAGACUCCGAUGACGUCAUCACGCGAGACGAGCAGAUCUUUGUUCUGAUUGGUGCACACGCCCGGUGUGAGAGGAGCAUCCGCGCACAAAUGGCCCUCGUCGAAGACGGGGACUGUUCACCAGAGUGGGAUGGGAUUAUCUGCUGGCCCCGGAGCCGAGCUGGGCAGCUGGUCUCAGUGCAGUGCCCAGCAUACAUCUAUGACUUCAACCACAGAGGGCGAGCUUACCGCCAGUGUGACGUGUCAGGGAACUGGGAGCUGGUGCCCAGUAACAACCGCACAUGGGCAAACUACACGGAGUGCACCCGAUACCUGACCUCCAACCACAGAAACCUGGAGGAGAAGGUGUUUCAGCGCCUCCAUCUCAUGUACACCAUCGGCUACUCCAUUUCUCUGGCAUCUUUGUUGGUGGCGAUCUCCAUCCUUUGCUAUUUCAAGCGCCUCCACUGCACACGCAAUUACAUUCACAUUCACCUCUUCACCUCCUUCAUCUGUCGAGCUGUUAGCAUCUUUGUGAAGGACGCUGUGCUCUACUCCGUAUCUGACGCCAGCAGAGCCGAGUCUGAGUUCACAGCUGUGAAACAGCCCAUGGCUGGGUGUAAAGCUGCGGUUACGCUCUUCCUGUACUUCCUGGCAACCAAUCACUACUGGAUUCUGGUGGAGGGAUUGUACCUGCACAGCCUCAUCUUCAUGGCGUUCCUGUCUGACAAGAACUACUUGUGGGCUCUGACCAUCAUGGGCUGGGGUGUUCCUGCUGUGUUUGUGUCCAUUUGGGUCAGCGCCCGAGCUUCGCUGGCAGAUACUCAAUGUUGGGACAUCAGCGCCGGAAACCUGAAGUGGAUCUACCAAGUUCCCAUUCUGGCAGCCAUUGUUGUGAAUUUCCUCCUUUUCCUAAACAUAAUCCGUGUUCUGGCUUCUAAACUGUGGGAAACCAACACUGGAAAACUGGAUCCUCGGCAGCAGUACAGGAAGCUCCUGAAGUCCACCCUGGUCCUGAUGCCUCUGUUCGGAGUCCACUACAUAGUUUUUAUGGCCCUGCCCUACACCGAGGUGACUGGGCUGCUGUGGCAGGUGCAGAUGCAUUAUGAGAUGUUCUUCAACUCUUCUCAGGGUUUUUUUGUGGCGUUCAUCUAUUGCUUCUGCAAUGGCGAGGUGCAGGCAGAGGUAAAAAAGGCCUGGUUAAGACGCAGCUUGGUGCUGGACCUCAAGCAGAAAGCCAGGAUGACGAGCAGCGGCGGCGGGAGCUGCUACUACGGCGGCAUGAUGUCCCACGCCACCACCCACAGCGUCUGCAUGUCCGCCAUUCAUCCCAGGGCUUUCUCCUUCACAGCGGGGUCAGGAGGGGCCGCUGGGGGGUCAGGGGCCAGGCCGCCCCGUCACUCUGCCCCGUCGUCGCUCCACCACAACCACAGCAGCGUGUGUGUGUUCGUUCCCAGCACCGCUGAGGCCUCAGGCUCCCAGCAGGACGCGGCGGUGUGGAAGCCAGGGAGGGCCGAGUCCAGAGCCAGCAAAGAGCAUGAUAACAGCAGCAGUAACGCAGCAGCAGAUCCAAACUGCUCCGUACCUGUGAAAGAGCUAGAAACCAUUUUAUAAUCUUCACAGGUCCUUGGCAGGACACAGUGGCUUUGUAACUGGAUCCUUUCCGUGUCGUCGUUAUGGUUACAGGGAGGGAUUCACUUGUCCUUUUAUUCUGGCAAGAAAAAAAAAACCCCGAAUACAACCCCAUUAUGGGCUGCCCACUCCAAUAACUACACAAAACAAAAGUUUAUAGACCUGCUGCAGCUCUAGAUCCCACCGCCAUCUCCCUGCUGGAGGGCAAAAAGCUGCUGGCUGACCAUGACUAGCAUUUGGUUUUCGCUGUUAAACUAUCAAUAUAACGCGCUGAAGGGAGUAGUUCAGUUAUUCUUGUUUGACUUUGACAACCUUAAUAUGUAGAUGUGAUGUAUUUUUACUAACUAAAAAAAACAACAGAAAAACAGCCCACA